CAACCGCCUCUACUGCCUCUGGACCUCUGGACAGUCUACACUCGAGACCCUUCACUCUUAACCUUCACUCUUCAUCUUCUACACUCAUUUGCUCACACAACCUGCGCAGGAACUCCAACCACAAUCAUGCUUCCGUCAUCUGACGCAGAUGACGCUUCGUCAAUUCCAGCGCAAAUGAUCUCCGAAGACAUGUCGCCCGUUAUCCCAGAUGUCGCUCCCACCGAUGACAGCGUGCAAGUUGUCGAAGACGAAUUACCGCCAGACGCCGACGAACAGACCAGACUGAGGUUUCUCACCACUGGUACUCGAGAUCAGGAUGAUUUGGAGCGGGAUAUUGGCCGACAGGCAGACCAGCUUCUCAUCGAACAGGCCGAUGAACGAGACAAGAAGCGCAUGGAGAAGGCUGAAGCUGAGAUAAAGCGCUGCGAAGUUGCUAUUAACAAGAUCAAAAAUCGCAUGUCGAUUGCUAUGGUCUCCACACAAAAGACCAAGCUUCGCGCCGAGAUUGAGACAUACCAAAAGAAGAUUGAGGGUUUAGAUGCAGAGCUAGAUACCAUUCAACAGCGCAUAAAUGAUAGACAUCGUUCGCCCGACGAAAAUGAGUCCUCACAACCCCACGUUAAUGGGCCGUUGCCAAACGAGAGCAGGAGGGAUUUCCUGAUACGUACAGGCAAAAUUACACCCUUUUCGAAAUUGGCACAAAAUCGAGCGGUAUCCGGAUCGUUGGACGAGGUCAUUCAGGAUGCCGAGGCUGAAGAUUUAGUAGAAGAGGCCAGCCAGGGACCCAAAUCACACCAAAAUUUGAUGAAGCCUGGUUUCGAUACGGUUGAAUCAGCUUCGGAGGCCGGUAUUACAAACGAUAGCGCUCGACCGAAGAAGAAACGGCGCGUUGUGGCAACGGGGACAGCAGACACCCCAAAGAGCUCCAGUGCCACCCCUGAGCCCGUCGCUUCUGAAUCCGACGAUGCCUAUGCACCCGAUCUCGACGAUCGCCAACUUGCAGCCCUCGGCGAUUCCGAUGGUGACGCUAGUGACCUUACACAAGAUGAUGAUUAUGAAGAUGUGGGCACAGGUAGAAAGCGGAAGGGCGCAGGCCGGAAGGGGAAAAAGCCCAAAGCUGCACAAAACGCAGAGGAGGAGGAUGAAGACCUUGCGGGUGUUGAUGAUGGCAACGAGAAGCUGUAUCUUCAACGAGUGCAGAGGUGGACAGAGAAGCGCUCAGCUGCUCGGAAGCGGGCAGCAGAGAUCAAAGGCGACGUCCAAGAAGAAGACGACCAGGAAGAUGAGUGCUUCAAGGCGCAUCCAACUGAGCCUGAUGCAGACUUUGGUGGUGGUUUCAAAAUACCUGGUGAUAUAUACCCAGCCUUAUUUGACUAUCAAAAGGUUGGGGUUCAAUGGCUGUGGGAACUUUACUCGCAGAACGUUGGUGGUAUUGUCGGCGAUGAGAUGGGCUUAGGGAAGACUAUUCAAGCCAUCUCGUUUGUCGCCGGCUUACACUACUCGAAGAUUCUCACUAAACCCGUUAUUAUCGUCUGUCCUGCUACAGUGAUGAAGCAAUGGGUAAAAGAAUUCCAUCGUUGGUGGCCAGCACUACGCGUAUCCAUCUUGCAUACCUCUGGUAGUGGCAUGCUCGACACCAAUCGUGAGGACCGCUUAGAGCGUGAAAUGGAGCUCCAAGAGUACGGGGAUUACGACCCAACACUGACGCGCGCUGGAAAGGCUGCCCAGAAGAUUGUGAACAAGGUCAAGCGGCACGGCCAUGUUUUGAUCACGACCUACUCCGGACUCCAAACCUAUAAUGAGUUCUUGGUACCCGUCGACUGGGAGACUGCAAUCUUGGACGAAGGUCAUAAGAUUCGGAAUCCCAACACAGCAAUCACAAUCCAUUGCAAGGAGCUGCGUACGCCUAGUCGGAUUAUACUGUCUGGUACCCCUAUGCAGAAUAACCUGACAGAGCUAUGGUCGCUGUUCGACUUUGUCUUCCCCAUGAGACUGGGCACGCUCGUCAGCUUCCGCAACCAAUUCGAGUUCCCCAUCAAGCGUGGUGGAUAUGCAAACGCGUCGAAUCUCGAAUUUGAAACUGCCAUGCACUGUGCAGAGACGCUCAAAGAUGCUAUCAGCCCAUAUCUAUUGCAACGUUUUAAAGUCGACGUCGCAGCCGAUCUUCCACAAAAGAAAGAACAAGUUCUCUUCUGCAAGUUGACUCGUCAACAACGUACGGCCUACGAAGGAUUCUUGAACUCAGAGGAUAUGAGGUCGAUAUCAGAGGGCAAGCGUCAAAUGCUUUAUGGUAUUGAUCUUCUGCGGAAAGUUUGCAACCAUCCAGAUCUCAUGGACCAUAAGAAUCUCUCUAAGAAGGCCGGGUAUGAUUAUGGUGCGGCAAACAAAUCUGGAAAGAUGCAAGUGGUCAAAGAGUUGCUGUCGCUAUGGGUGAAGGGUGGUCACAAGACUCUUCUGUUUGCUCAGCAUCGCAUUAUGCUCGACAUCUUGGAGAAAUAUGUGUCUAGGCUUCCUGGAGUCAACUACCGACGUAUGGACGGGGACACUCCAAUCAAACGUAGACAGGAUCUGGUUGACGAGUUCAACAAAAAUCCAGAUAUCCACGUCUUUCUCCUCACAACCAAAGUUGGAGGCCUAGGUGUCAAUCUGACAGGCGCCAAUCGCGUCAUUAUAUACGAUCCCGACUGGAACCCAUCGACUGAUGUCCAAGCCCGAGAGCGCUCAUGGCGUCUCGGCCAGAAGCGUGAAGUUGAGAUAUAUCGCCUCAUGUCAGCUGGGACAAUAGAAGAAAAAAUUUACCACCGACAAAUCUUCAAGCAGUUCUUGACGAACAAGGUAUUGAAAGAUCCGAAACAGCGGCAGACGUUCCAGAUGAGUGAUCUCCAUGAUCUGUUCACACUGGGAACCGACACAGCGGACGGCGAGACGGAAACAGGUAACAUGUUUCGAGGAUCUGAAGUCAAAUUCGAUCAGAAUGGGCAUUCCGAGAAAGAACCCAGCCCUUCCGCUCCAGCUCCAGCUGAAGAUGCAACAGCCGCAUCGGACCUCGCAGCUAUGAAAGGCAUCGCUCAUGCAGAAGCCUAUAAAGAUGCAGUGUCCGAUGCAGAGGAAACAGCCAACGCACCAGAAGACGGCACAGAAGACAGGAGCGACACCAGUCUCAUGUCCUCCAUUUUCGCCAAAUCAGGGGUGCACUCGGUACUAGAGCACGAUGCCAUCGUCAACACAACAACCCCAGGCCGCAAGCGCAAAGUGCAAGCCGACCCAGCAAUCACGCAACGCGAAGCCAAACGACAAGCCAAACUAGCAGCCGACCAUUUGAAGAAGACAAUGGAAGAAGCGCGCAACGCGCCCCUCGGCGUGCCAACCUGGACAGGCACGCACGGCGAAGCAGGAAGACCAGAACAGCGACCGCUCCCCACGGCUCCACGCGGAACCUUCAACGCCAUGCGCGGCGGUUCAUCUGCGCGAGGUGGACGAGGCGGUCGCGGUGCCGCCAACGGCCCUUCUUCCUCUUCCAUCUUGAACAACCUCGCUGUGCGCCAAGGUCGUGCGGCUCCAGGUACACCAUCUGCAUCUGCCGGAGGCUCGACGGCUUCUUCUUCGCGCUCGUCGACGCCCAAUACGCAGUCGUUUCGUGGUCGGCAAAUGUUGACAAUGCUGCGGGACUUUUUGCUGACGCAUGGCGGUGCUGUUCCGUCGCGCAUGCUGGUCGAUCAUUUCGAUCACUACUGCCGUGCUGUACCGGGUCGUAGCGAGGAGUUUAGAGAGAUGCUGAAGAUGAUUGCUACGUUGGACAAGAGCGGUGGCGGUGGUGGUGCUGGGAGGGGGAGAUGGGUGUUGAAGGAUGAGUGGAGGGACAGGGCUAAUUGA